UAGCGCGCACGCGGGGUCGCAGUGGAAAGGUCGGCAAGAUGGCGGCGGCGGUGGUGGCGGCGGCGCGGGGGCGGCCGCCGGGGCGCGGGGAGGUGGCGGCGGCGUGGGGGGCUCUGCGGGGAGCGCGGCGGCGGCCGCCGCCCCUCUGCAGGGGCCUGGCCAAGGCGGCGGGCCCGCGCAGCAUCCGGCAGGUGCGGGAGGCCGAGGAGGCCGCCCCGGUGUUCCAGUACGUGGGCAGGGCGGCCCGGCGGAAGGACCGCGUCUUCGUGUGGGGCUUCUGCCACUCGGGCGCCCUGGGCGUCCCCAGCUUCGUGAAGCCGGACGCGGGCUGGAAGAAGCCGCGGCGGAUCCAGCCGACGCCCUACCGCCUGGAGACGGAGGAGAAGAUAUCCUCUGCUGCCUGUGGCUAUGGAUUCACGCUGCUGUCCUCUAAUACCACUGACAUUACCAAAGUAUGGGGCAUGGGCCUCAACAAGGAUUCCCAGCUUGGAUUUCAGAGAAGCAUGAGAGAUCGAACUAAAGGCUACGAGUAUGUCUUGGAACCAUCUCCAAUUGCGUUACCACUGGAGAAGCCACAGCAGACUCGGGUCUUGCAGGUAUCCUGUGGGAGAGCCCAUUCCCUGAUCCUGACAGAUAGUGAAGGAGUCUUCAGCAUGGGAAACAACUCUUAUGGACAGUGUGGCAGGAAAGUUGUUGAAGAUGAAGUUUACAGCGAAAGCCAUGUAAUUCAUCAGCUGAAGGAGUUUGACAGCAGAGUUGUCCAGGUUGUGUGUGGGCAGGACCACAGUCUGUUUAGAACAAAGAAAGGUGCAGUGUAUGCGUGUGGAUGGGGAGCUGAUGGACAAACAGGUCUUGGACACUACAAUAUCACCAGUGUUCCUACUAAGCUACGUGGUGACAUUGCUGGAGUAAACAUUAUCCAGGUCACUUCCUAUGGGGACUGUUGUCUGGCUGUUUCAGAUGAGGGAGACCUCUUUGGUUGGGGAAACUCGGAAUACCUGCAGUUGGCAUCUGUCACAGAGACCACACAGGUGAACAUUCCCAGACACUUGCCAUUCAAGAUCGGCAAGAUAAAGGAGGCUGCAUGUGGAGGGACUGGCAAUAUUGUUUUAACUGAAGAAGGAAAUGUUUUUGUCUGGGGAUAUGGAAUUCUUGGGAAAGGACCAAACCUAAUAGAAACAGCAGUGCCAGAGAUGAUCCCACCUAGCCUCUUUGGCUGGUCGGACUUCAAUCCAGACAUCCGUGUUGCUCACGUUCGCUGUGGACUUGGCCAGUUUGCGGCACUUACAAACAGAGGAGAACUCUUUGUAUGGGGCAAGAAUCUAAGAGGAUGCCUGGGAAUUGGAAGACUGGAAGACCAGUAUUUCCCAUGGAGGGUGACUGUACCUGGUGAGGUGGUGGAGGUUGCAUGUGGAGUUGAUCAUAUGGUAAGCCUGGUUAAAUCUUUUACCUAGUAAUAUUGCUCAGCACUGUGCCUAGAAGAUGUGGGAACUUGGUGAUGAGCUUCUUGGAGAUGAAGACUUUUUUUCUGUGAAACGGGCAAGAAGUGACUGUGAGCAGAGGCAGCCUGGAUGUGUUGUCACCUCUGCGUCAUUGAAAUGCUGCAGUCUGGCUGGCUGCGGGAGGAGGUGCUUUCCCCGGGGAGAGGGGGAAUGCAGGGAGUGCUCUGGCUGGUUUAUGACGAGCUCCUGAAGAAUCUGAGGCCCGGACUCAGAGGUGAGUCUCUCUAUGCAAAAGGAUGAUAAAUAUAUCUCUCAGGGAAGACUGGAAUGAGAAGAAAUCUGUAGCACAGGACAUUCAUUUAUGGACUGGUUCUCCCUGUCACCAGCUCUCUGCUGUCAGUGUUGGACUGAGACAAACUAUUUCUCAAGGGAAAGCUUUUCAAUUACCAUUUUUUAUUGUGGAAGGGGAGUUGCACUGGCUUCUGGAGUCCAGCCAAGCUGUCCUCAGCAUCUGCCACCAGCCGUGCUCUGCCCAGGCUGCUGUUCUGUGUGGAUGUUGGACGCGCAGCUAGCGGCCUGGAGGCAGAUAGUGUGUUCUCAUCACAGGCGUUUGCAGGCUCUCCACAUGGACUCUGAAGACUGAGCACCAAAGGAAAGCAUUCCUUUAACUGGAAGAGUAAGGACUUGUCUGCAGGGGAAGCUACUGUUAAAUAAGACAGCAUGGAAAGAUAAAUCAUAUACUGUCCACACUGCUGUUGCUGUGUGCACAGACAGAGACAGCAACAGUAGCGAAUCUAACCUAUUUAUGGACGGAGGUCAGGAACAAAGCUCCCUCUUAACUACGUGCACGACUGGUGCUCAGGCAGUGGAAAUGAGCAGAGCUUUUUUUUCAUCAACUGCCUUUGUCUUUGUAUGCUGAUCACAAACCACUGCCUUUGAUUUCUGGAAGUCCCUGCGCUCUUUCCUGUCUUUGGCAGUAUAGUGACUCUCAGUCACAAAGAGCCCUUUGAAAUUAGUCAGCCUUUUCUGUAGUGCCUAAGCGGGGAAGGGGACUUAAUGGGCAAAAAGCAGAAUUACAGCAAAACCUUGUUUCUUGGUGGCUUCCUAGGAGAGAAGUUGUGAUAAGUGCAUUUAGGACAUAGUAUCUAAAGGAGAUGGGAUCCAGCAGCCGUAUGUACUCAUGGUGUAGCAGCCACUUAGCAAAUCUCACGCUCAAGUGUGGGGAAACUGAUUGUUCCCUGUGAUGUACUGCAGACAUCAGACAGAGUUGUAUCUUCUCCCUCUCUGUGCUGGAUACUUACACUGUGUAAAUUAUUUUGGCAAAAUCCAAGUUAAUAUAUUUUAAAUAAAGUGAUUAUAAUGUCUGUA